AUGUAUUCAUCGCAAGACAUCAAAGGUGUGUUGCGAGGUCAAUGCCACGCAAGCAACUGCGAGUGCGAUGGCUACAGCAGGGCCCUCGACAACUGCAGCCAACCUGCGGCUCUUCACCAAGCGACGUGGUGCGUUUACUGCGGCCACAGCCCUGUACAGCACGCACGGAUUAGUAUAUUUGAAGACGAGUCAUGCGAUUUGUCUGACAACAUGCAAGGGUCUACUUCGCAAGGUGCCAGCAUCAGUUCCUCUGAGGUCAUGAAUAACAGCACCUGCACUGCUGCUGAAAUUCUGCUUGAGCGACGUCUCCGCUGAGGACACAGCAUCUCCUGGCCCAAGGAUCUUCUGGGGCAUAUCGACAAAAAUCGUCUCUUGUGGAGGGCCUGGCGAAAUCAUCAAGCUAAAUGACGCUACUUUGGAGAAGGCUCUACUCCUUUGCCUAACGGUGUAUUAUGUCAAGGACAUAACAUACCCCUCGGCAUUUGCGCAAACGUUGGGGCUCGUGCAAAGUGCGAUAAGCAAUGGUGAAAAAUUUCCCCGCUGCUGGGCUAACAGCAAGCUCGUAAAGAUUCUCGAGAGCAUGAAGGUUACGUAAAUGUACAUAUGUUUACUGCGGCAAAGUCACUGCAGGUGUUAUUUCACAGAGGAAGAAUAUCCCUGGCUUUAACGUAAGAAAGUACUCGUUCAUCUUACAACGCAAGUGCAUAAAAAAGAGUAGUUUUUUUGCAAAUGCACGAUUAAUGUA